AUGCCCAACAACAGCACAAGAAGAGGGGUGACUAUCAACUCCAAUGUCCAGGUUCACGAAAUCUUAACCCUCCACGAGUAUACUGCCAUUGAAAUCAAUGCUGCCUGGUAUAAUGUAGAUGAAAUGGACAGAAUCGCAAGAAAAUGCUCCAAGAUUCUGAGAAAAAUCGAUAGAGCUGGGAGCGCGAAAGAAGAAAGCAAGUACUGUAUUCGUGGCUUGGAAACCCACACCAGCUUGGGCUCCAUUAGCAAGAGAAGCAACAGAGCGGCUGCGAAAUUAGCCGUGUUCGAGGAGCAAGCAAGGCAAUCAUGGAACAAGGAAGAGGAAAGUGACGUCCAAGCCAUCUCCGAUGCUUACCGAUGCACAACCUCAAGCUGCCAGAUGUGGGCUCAAGUUGUUGGUAGGCGUGACCAACAAGAAGCAGAAGCCUAUCUAUAUGACGAGGAGAACAAAGAAGAGCAAGAGGAGCGAGAAGAGCCAGUAGGGAGAAAGUUUGCAUCUUCGUCUACAAUCGUCUACUCGCAAAGCCUAGAAUCCAGAAUAGUACUGCGGGGAGCUAAUACAGCAAGUCCCAUCGCAAAAGUGGCUUAG